UAUAWAAUAAUAAAACACUAAAAUGAAUACUUUUCUGCUCUACCUCAUGGCUCUGGUCAUACUCGAGACAAUAAUGACAGUCCAAGCCUUCAUACUGGCCGGYGGUGGUGUUGCCGGAGGCGUUAUGGGCGGCCUUCUUGGUGGCGCCGGUAUCGGUGGUGGYGGUGGCGGCGCCGGUGUUUUCGGUACAUCAGGUGUCAGUUCGUUUGGCUCGUCRUCAUCAUCRUCGUCAUCGUCCUCUUUUGUAUCAUCGCCUGCCGUAUCKGUUCACCGGACAGUGUCCGUAUCGCAACCCAUCGUCCAGACCAAGACCAUCGAAACUAUUCAAACGGUUGAGUCGAGUCCUGUCAUUCAGGAAACUACAUUUAUGGACAGUCAUCGUGUUGGCCAUCAUCAUGUGGGCGGCGSCAGCAGUUUUGGUGGAGGUAGCAGUUUUAGCGCCGGCAGUAGCUUUAGUGGUGGCAGCUUUGGUGGCGGCGGCGGCUUUGGUGGUGCAGGUAUUGGCGGUUUGGCCGGAAUUGGCGCCGGUUUUGGUAUUGGAGGUCUAGUGUUGGGACGAAAGUAAUUUUUUUUAAAUUUUCAAUUAUAUGUUUGACUUUUUUUUAGUAUUUUUUGAUGACAUAUAUUUUUUUAUACUCAAUAUACUGUAUUGUAAUUAUUUAUUAGCCCUUUAUUUAUUUUGUCAUUUACAUUAAUUAUUACAUAUAYAGUAUAUAUCGAGUUUCAUCUACUACUGUAAUUUUUUUUAAAAAAAGUAAUUUUAAUUGAAAUGUAAUUAUUUUAAUUAUAUYUUAUAAUAAUUAUUAACCCAUUAUAAAWCCCACUCAAUACAUAUUAAACAUUUUUGAAUUGA